AGUUCUACUCAAAUAUCGCGUACGCUUUCGCCAAAGACUCGGCUUCAAUUAUAACAGCUUAUCUCCACCGUUAUCACUUCCCACUUAUCAUAACAUUGGUCGAACUUGUCAAAAUGAAGCUCGUAAAGAUGAACGAUUUCUCCUAAAAACGCGCCGCAAAGGACAGCCUGUUCCUUCUCAAUCUUGCCCCUUUAGGCCGCUACUACACGAAACAGCUCUUUGCCCAGAACAGUGCGCAUAUUCAGACUAAGGGUGGCAUAGGAUUACCCCAAGAGCUGUGAACCAUGAUCUUGAAGUUCGUACAAGAGGAUGAAGAGCAAGAGGACGAAAAGGAUAUUUUUUGUUUGGUAAAAGCCAAGGUGAUAGCAGCGUCACGAAACGGGAUGGUUCUUCAGUGCUCCCGGCAUGAAUUUCGCUUAUCCGGACGUAUAACCAUAGGGAAUACCGCUAAAGACGGACAAGCCGUGGAGGACAUUGAAACUUAUCUGGAUUGCGCAUCUCAAGAUACGCUCGAGGGGCUCAAAACCAGACCGCCUAAGCUGUCUCGGCCCCCUAACCUAUAUACUGUUGUCAUAGGCACCGCGUCGGCUAUUCCUUGUCUCUAUACUUCUAUUAGAGUCCCUGACAUUAUUGCCACAAUGGAGGGCGGUAUCUGUUGGGUUUACCAAGAAGGGAGAUUUAUCUGCCCGGGCUGUACCGGAGGAAAGGCACAGCGUUUUAAUUCUUUUAUGGGCUGCGGUGUAGAUCUCGCCUGUCCGCUAUGCAUGGGCACGGAACUUUCCGAAGAGCAUAAGAAUUACCUUAAAUCCUAUUAUUACCAUGGCUCGGGUGUAGAUGGGUCUGAGGGGGAGGAGGAGAUGCGGGAUCAACUAGAGGAGCAACUAGAGAAAUUGGGCUACAUGAAUAACUGGGUUCCUGAGGGCGCGUGGAAGAUCAAGGGUAUGUACAACUGAAGCAUUUUUCGGCUGGUCCAACUAAUUACACGGAAAAUAAUGACGUUGAGGAUGGAAAAGACUUCGUAUUGAUUUGCUUUAAUCGUGAAGUGGAUUUGGAAUUGAGUUGUUGUCAAUAGGGUUACCAUGGUAGUGUUUGAAUUGUGAGUUUGGUUAAUGAUAUUAGUGAGUUGUUCAGAGUCUCUUGUCACGUUACACACAUAUGUUAUUG